AGUUGCGACCUGUGAAGAAUCUGACGAAAAUUUCAGAUUUAAAUUCCCGAAUUUUCGUUCAGUGUAGAUUUGGGGAUUUCCCGGAAGUGACCUAAAUACAUCCUGUACAUGAUGGAAGCACAAGAAAAAUCAAAACUCUCCAAAAAUGUGCUUCAAAUGAAGUUCAUGCGUCGCAGUGUUGUACGCCUAGAUGAAGAACAAAAUGCAGAGGAGGAGAAACAAACCAUUGAUGAUGAACACUGGGCAUAUGACAUUCCACAACUCAAAGCAAAGGAGAGUAAAUUCCAAUGUGAAGCAAGUUACCUUCCAUUUGAAGAUCUGGUCUUUGGAAGAAUGUCUUACAAGGGCUUCAAUAAAGAAAUUGAGAAAAUGAUGAAGGAAAAGAACACAGAGCAGAGUCUAGCAGAGGCUGAUAGGAGAGAGAAGGAGAUGGCAGUGUCCGAUGAUGAAAUGGCUGAGAGGUUUACUUCAUUGGUUGGUACAGUUGGAAAAAAGUUUGCUAAAAAGCGUAAAAAAGCAGAAAAGGAAAAAGUAACUGAGACACCUCAGGAUACCAUAGACACUGUACAAACUGAUGCACCAUCAAAGAAGAAAAAAUCUAAAAAGAAGAAAAAGGAAUUUAUGAAACCCAAUGAAGAUGAAUAGCAUAGGUUUUGAGAAACUGAUAUAUCUUCAUAAACUGGAAUUGAAUGAAAGCCCUGAGAUCCUGUGUAUGGGUAU